GCUAUAUAAAUUAAACUCGGCCUUUAUUUGGAGAGAGUGUGAAAUAAAAGGGCGAGCGGAGCAGAGGAGUUUCCGUUAUCCAAUCUAUUUCUCUCUGUACCAAUAGGUUUCUCUAGAAAUUCUCAGAUUAUCUCUAUCUUUUAAAAUCGAAUACGUUAGGGUUUUUGCGAAUUCGAAUUUGAAUCUCACUGUUUCGCAGCCAUGAUUUCUGAUUCAAUCACCUCUAACGCUACCAUUCCAUCGGCUUCUGCUCCUAAGGAUUUCGGAAAGAAGAAAAGGGCUAACCGGUCUGCCAAACUGAAGCAGUGCAAGCUCGAUGCGCGUCGUGAGCAAUGGCUUUCUCAAGUUGCAGUCAAGAACAAAGUAAGCAAGGAUGAACCUGCCGGCCAAAGAGUGUCCUCAUCUGACAAUGAGAGGAAGAAUGAUAUUGGGAAUUUAGAGAUGAGGCGAAGAGGUAGAGGAGGUGAAGAGGAGAAGAAUGGUUCGAUCUAUCACGACUUUGAUUCUGAUUCCCCUUCUCACAGUCCCACCGGCAGCAGUGUUCUCAGCGGCGGCGAUGCCAGCACCAAUUUCACGGGCUCCUCAAGCAGUAGUAGCAGUAGUAGCAGCAGCAGUGGCGGCUGUUGCUCUGGUAGUAUUACAGAGGAGGAAGAAGAAGGGGUUGAUGAUUGCUUGGACGAUUGGGAAGCCGUGGCUGAUGCUUUAGCUGCCAAUGAUGAUAACAAGCAAGGAAACCAAAACGACAAUGAUAAUCCGUGUUUGGAAUCUGAAUCUUCUCCACAUCUUCAAUCUGGUGCUCUAUCAGAUUCUAAUUCGAAUCAUUUGGAUUCUAGUAGUGAGGAUUUGAAACCACCUAGAUUGACUCCUGGGAACAGCAGAGCGUGGAGGCCCGAUGAUGCAUUUCGCCCACAGAGUCUGCCUAAUUUGUCCAAGCAGCGGAGCUUUCCGGAUACAGAUAGACCUUAUGGACACGGUGGAUUCCCAUGGAAGCAUUCAAUUACUGUUAAUGUGCCUUCUUCCUGUCCUAUAUGUUGCGAGGAAUUGGAUGUCACAGACACGAGUUUCUUGCCCUGUAUAUGUGGAUUUCGGCUUUGCCUCUUCUGCUACAACAGAAUCCUAAAUGGUGAUGGGCGCUGUCCAGGUUGUAGGAAGAACUACGAGGACAAUGCUGGGCAGGCAGAGUUGAGUGUGAAUGGAGGUAGCCUGACUCUCAGGUUGUCUCGCUCUUAUAGCAUGGUUGCAAGGUCGUAGGAGGAUGAGUCUCUUUCUGUUGAAUUGUGUGUGUUGGGUCUAUCUCUCUUCAUUAGCGUGUGUCUUUCUUGUUAUGUUUUAGUUUUAGACAUUUCCUUAGAUAUUCUAGCUGUGGGGUUAUGUUUUUUGGCACCCAGAAUUGAUAACUGCUUCUGCUAUGAGCUUUGGUUCUUAUAUGUAUGGUGCGUGUAGGGAACUAAUGUUUGGUAUGUGAAUAGAUAAGGUGGUAUAGAAAUACAUAAACACGAUUACAGUAUGUUAUGCUCUUCUUUGUUUUAAUGCUUCACAAGACUACUUUCUGCUCUUUAUCUCAUAAUCCUUGUAGUUUGGUAAAUGAUUUUACAGGGGAUAUAAUUCUUUUAAAGUUUUA